AUGAAAAAGAAGACACACCAACAACAACAACAAUCUCACAUGGGGAGUAGUAGUGGAGGAGGAGGUAAUGGAAUGAAUCCUCAUCAUCAUCAUAGAAAACCACCCACUCAUCCCCAUAGCAACAACCACUCUCAUCAUCAUCGAAACGGCAUCAACAAUAAUAAUAACAAUAAUCAUCAUCAUAACAUUAAUAAUAAUAAUAAUAAUAAUAACGGAAGAACAAAACCAUCGCACAGCAACUCAAAGGCUUCUUCUUCAUCAUCAUCGAUACACCAACAACAACAACAACCCUCAACCGCAAACUCACGUUCAGUACCAAUAUCCUCCAACUCGCAGACUUCUACUGGUCCACCAACAGUACCACCAUCGUCGGUCAGUACAAGCACAACAAACACAAAUGACACCACACCAUCCUCAUCAUCCAAUGUCUUUAUAGGGGAUAAACCGCUCGAACCCUAUCUCAACGACCUAUUCUCAGCUCUUGUCAAUGGUACCAAAGCUUCCAACAACCUUCCCUCCAAUCAAGACUUUGAGUUCUUUUCGAGCCAUUUCCCUCAAUUUAGAGGAGCCAUGGAUGAGAGUGCUUCAUCCCUGCGCAAUACUUUGUCGUCGUUUUUUGGGGGCCAAAAGAUGAUGAAUUCUGCCCUCCUCGAGGAUGAUCCAGAAAUCAUGUUCGAGUCGACCGUGGAUUUACUGGAUCAAUACUUUGAAAAUGUAGAUAUUGCUCUCGAUGAGAUGGAGUUGAAUUCAACAGAAAGUAGAGGUGUAGGAGUGAAUCCUUCACUUACAAAUGGAUCUUUGAAUUCACACGCAACCUUGUCAUCAUCAAAUACUGAUCCUCACAUGUCACUCAAAUCCAUGAGUCGACCACAAUUGAAAUGGACAGAUAUCGACAACUCGAACAGACCAUUCGUGCCUAAAUUAAAGACAAAACCCAAUGCCUUUGUUGCAACCCUGGAACAAUCUCUAACAGUUGGAUCCCUGGAUGAACUCGACGAAAAGACACGUUCCUUCCAAACAUUUGAACAAUCGACAUUGCCUCCAUUCCCAUUUCGUCUUGGAGUCGGAAAUGGUAUGGGUGGAGAGCCAGUUCGUGAAAGUUAUCCACAUCCCUAUCUUCCUGAAUUGUUGAGUCUUGAGUUUAUGCCCUCUCAAUACAAACCACCUGAAAUCAUUACUCCAUUCUCAAAAUUAGAGGACUCAUCCUGUACUUGGAUUAGUACUGUGGAUGAUCUCCAUCGAUUGGCAAGUUUGUUGGAAGCUCAGGAUGCAUUUGCCAUCGAUUUGGAACAACACAGUUACCGCUCGUUCCAAGGAUUUGUUUGUUUGAUGCAAAUUUCAACGAGAAAUGAAGACUUUCUCAUUGAUACCAUUGAAUUGAGAGAGCAUAUGCAUAUUUUGAACUCAUCCUUUACUCAUCCAAAGAUUGUAAAAGUGAUGCAUGGUUCCGAUUGUGACAUUUUGUGGUUACAACGUGAUUUUGGUAUUUACGUUGUCAACAUGUUUGACACUGGCCAAGCAUGCAGAGUGUUGACGCUUCCAGGUUGUUCUUUGGCCUAUCUUCUCAAACAUUAUUGUGGUAUUGAGGCAGACAAGAAGUAUCAAUUGGCAGAUUGGAGAGUAAGACCUUUACCGAGUGAAAUGGUGAAAUAUGCACGAGAGGAUACUCACUACUUACUUUAUAUUUACGACCGAUUGAGACAAGACAUGUUUUUCAAACCAAAUUUGUCUUCCAGCAUCACUGGUGUCGAAAGAAUGGAAGAAGUAUUAGUACGAUCUCGAGAGUUGUGUAUGAGAAGAUAUGAAAAAGAACUUUUCACAGAAACAUCUUAUCUCUCUCUCAUUAACAAAUUCACACGGAGUGUAAGGAACAUUAAUGAAAAGGUCAUUCGUGUGCUCUACAAGUGGAGAGACACAGUUGCAAGAAAGGAUGAUGAAAGCGUUCGUUAUGUGCUUCCCGAUCACAUGAUUCUCUCCAUUGCUGAACAAGCUCCAACAGAAGUCAGCAAAUUGCUUGCUUGUUGCAAUCCUGUUCCAAAACUCGUACGUCGUGACGCUAAAGUAAUUGUCAAUCUCGUUAGUAAGACAUUGAAUGAUGAAAGCAAUGACUUGACAGAACCAUCCUUCUCCACACCUAGUAAGAUUCCCGAAGAUCAUUUCAUUAAUCAACAUGCAAAACCAUCCUUUGAAUUGGAAUCACCUAUUUUCAAUCCACACUACAAGACUCCUUCACGAAUGAGCCCUGUCAUGAAUACUGAUGAUUUAUACAAUAUUGCUGGAUGGAUCGAAUCUAAAAACUAUUAUCCAUCAUCAUCGAUAUCCAAACUUUCAUUUUCCGAAGAAGAUCAUGAAGCUUUGGAUUCACUACCUUUUGAACCUCCACAAUUGGUACCACAUCAGAAUCAACGAUCGGUGAAUGUGACUCCUAGUAAGAGUUCACUUUUCUUCCCAUCUUCGAUGAGUUUUCCAUCCUUGCAUAAUCAAGAAAAGGUUUCAAAAAUCAUGUCAUCCUUCUCAUCCUUUGGUUCCUCUCAGAAACAACACUCUUCACAUCAGAAUGAUGUAUCCAUGAUGAGUCUCGAUGAUUCUGACAUGCUAUUCAUGCCGUCAACAAGAUCCACAACGAGUAGUAGCAACACCAUUCACCAUCAACAACAGAUGGAUCAAAUGGACACCACUUCGAGUUUCCUUCUCAAUCAUCAUCCAUCCAUGUCAAUGAUGAACGACCCAAAUACUACUGCGAGUACUCCAAAUCAAUCCUCAAAGAAACCACCAGCAUCCGUACGAAUCACUCCCGAAGAGGAGAGAGUCCCUUCGAGCCUUAAUGAAAUUUACAUGCUCUCUCAAAAGAAUCGAAAGAAGAACAAGCAAUGUAAAAAGAAAAAGCUCAAACAAGACUCUGUUUCGGAUCCUUCUCCUGCAUUUGUUGGUGAAGGAGGAGAGGUGGCAGUGACGGAUGCAAAUGGAGAAGAAGCAUCUAGUGACGCUUCACAGUUGAAUCGUGCAGCAGACAUGACUGCUUCGAUGCCACUCGCCCAAAAACCUGUGGACUUUAUGAAGAAGAUUGGGUGGUUGGGAGCUGAAGAGGAAUUAUCAGCCUCUGAAGAAGAGAAGGAAGAACAAGAAGUGAAUGCAUCUGUACAAGUGAAGGUUCCUAGUUUUAGCAAGCCAAACAUGAACGUGCGAAAGAAACCCUCGAAAAAUUACAUGUUCUCUAAGCAAAACAAGUAUUAA